AUGCCGGUAGAGAGUGCAACAGUAAGAAAGCGUCCAAAAGCGGGAGAAGGUAAAAACAAAAAAUUUGAAAGCACAACAGACAACAGAGCAUUGUCGAAAUUGGAAAGUCGAGUGGUGCCGCGUGAAUUGCGUAAUGGCUCUUACUGGGCACGGCGUGACGCUGACGAAAGGUACCGUGUGACGUCACGGCAUGAAAGUGCAUCGGCCGCCGCCCCUCCCGUGCAGCGAGGGCGGCUGCACGUGCACUGCUGCGCUUCCUGUAUGGGAAGACUUUCUAUUGGGAAACUGUUGCGCCAAGCGAACGCCACACUAUUAGGAAACGCGGCUCUCACGACAUAA